UCUGUAUUCAACAAGUCAUAACAAAACAAAUUUGAACUGUCAAAUAACUCCAGCGAUGACUUUGGAAAGCAAAAAAUAGCCUUAUUGCACAUUUGAAAUCAUUUGUUUUGUUGUACUUUUUAGCAGCACAAAUGCCUAAGCAGUGACCAGUCCUGCCAUUUUGGAUGUCUAAUCAUUUGGAUGUUACCCAGCUAGCCUGGCAGAGAUCAGUGUCCGUCCUGUGAUUGGUGGCUUCCUGUCCAGCAGGAAGUUGUGAACAGAGUUUAAAAGCUGCAGCAGGACUGCAGCCAUUCACAGGAAGCUGGACCAGCAAUGGCUUUGCUGAAGGUUCGGCUGCUGCUACUGGGGCUGGGUGUUGCAGUGAGCUCAGCGUCUCUGCAGAAGAGAGUCAUCGGAGGUCAGAACUGCAGAGACGACGAGCGACACUAUCAUGUGACGGUCUAUAGAUAUAGUUCAACAGGAACAACAAUCUGUGGAGGAUCUCUGAUCAGUGCUCAGUGGGUUCUGACUGCAGCUCACUGCUGGGAGCACGCUCCAGGAUGGUUUCAUGGGGUACUUGUAGGAGGUCAUCCUAGAAGAGGUCCAAAGUGGACUUCUACAAUCACUCGACGUGAGGUACAUAGAGACAGCAACGGUCGUGAACAUGACAUCAUGCUUCUGAAGUUGCAGAGCAAAACAACAAUCCAACCAAUCAAACUGCCCGACUGUCCAGAUACUCUCCUACUCGGCACCAAGGUUCAGAUUGCAGGUUAUGGAUCAACACAAGUUGGUCACGGCAGAAGUGCAAAUGACCAAAAUGAUCUUCAGUGUGCAGAGUUCAAGAUUGCUAAACACGAAAAGAUGGAAACGGCGCUGGCAAAAGACGAGGACUUUCGGUUCCGUUACCAGAAGUGGUACAGUGUGAGAAGCUCUAAGAAGGACAUGUUUCGCGACGACUCUGGUGGAGGAUGUGUGUUCAACAACAGGCUGUAUGGCGUUUAUGUCUACACUGGAGAAACAGAGAAGGCAUUCAAUGCACCAAGUCUUUUCCUGGACGUCUGUGCCUACAAGCAGUGGAUUGAGGACACAAUUAAAUAACCAAAAACCCUAGGCAGCUUGAUGUCUGUAUAGCGGCUAAAUGUUCCCAGCAACAACAACAACAAAAAAAUCCACAAAGUUCAAGUUAAUCUUUAAAUUUCAAUUUUCAGUUGAUUCAUUUUCUAAUUUACUUGGGGAUUAAAUUUACUGUGUACAAGUUAAUCUGUGAUAAUAUCUUAUUUCUCAAUAAGCAAAGCUGCUGUUCGUAAUAAUAAUAAUAAUAAGUAAUAAUACCCACCGUCACAUGGCUAGAAAAUAAACGGCUGUUAUC